AUGGACUUGAUCACAGCCGUCGCACCUUCCCCCGCGUGCUCCAUCACAGAUAGCUCAGCUGGCUGUUACACGGCAUCAUGGUACCUUAUUUGGGACCAAAUUCAAUACUGGUUGAUCAUACAAGUGCCUAUUAUCGUACUUUCUAUCAUAUAUGAGUAUAUUGAGCUGCCCUCGCUCAAAUACGUCGAACGACUCCGUCAAAUCUGCGACUCGCCGCUCAUCAAUGUCGUGAACUAUCUUAUCCAGAUUGUCACUAGCUUAUAUGUCUGCAUAAACUGGAUUGUACGAGGGGGAUCACUAAGUGUUAUAUUCUCGUCAUGGUCCAUUGAAUCACUCUUUCUUAUUGCUACAGCCGUCGGGUAUGCUCUUCGAUGGCUGGCGGCAAAAAACAAAGUAACAUUUGUGCUCCAGCUCCAUCAUUUGUUCGAUUUGCUUUCUGUCGUAGCACACUUUGCUAUGUCGUCUCAGACGAUAAUUAUAGGAACGAAGCGACUCCGAUCGUGGCUAGAUUUUGGCUUUGUUCGAUCUUAUGUGGGCUAUGUAGUCGUGGAUCACCUUUUUACACGGUACCAGAACAAGACAUUUUUCACGCAAGUGCUGCUUGUGGUGUUUAAGGCACUAUGCCUUGUCUUUUUCUUUGCUUCAGUUCUCUUUUCUCUAGAGCGACUUGGAGAGUUGCCGCAUACCAACAGUUUCCUACUUCAUGUGUACGAAUGCAGUAAUGAAAAUGGCACGGAGACAGUUCUGAAAGCGACAAAUGAAGGAACGACAGAGCAUCCAAACUGUGAUGAAACGUGGAGUUUUUUUUCGUCGAUAUACUUCAUGUUUGUGACGGUCUCAACGGUAGGCUAUGGAGACUUUUCGCCACGUACAGUGCUGGGUCAGCUCACUGUUUGUGUCAUUAUCGUUUUUGGUAUCUAUACAUUCGCAAACGAGUCUGCUGCCCUUAUGACAAUAUACGGAGAUCAACGUGGCGCGCAACUUAAGUACGAUGGCUCGAGAAAUACUGCACAUGUGAUCGUGACUGGCAAUCCGUCGGUUGCUCAGAUCAAGGACUUUAUCCGCGAGUUCUUUCACCCGGACCAUAGGGAGGCGUUUCAAAGCCAUGAUAGCGAUUACGAAGUCAGCGAGGAUGAGGAACUUCAGAUGAUGUCGAGCCAAAAAGCUUCGAGAUCCUUGUUAUCAAGCAAGCGUUUUUCAAACAUUCGAAUUCGCAAUGGAAGCAAUCAUGAAGUUUACACCGCGAUGGAAGAGGGACAGAGAAGUGGCGAAAAGAAAAAAAGACUUAACAUCAAAUCACUACUGUCGAAAUGGGCGAACCGUCGAGAAAAUUUUAUUCGUGAGACUCACAUUGUCAUACUCAUGCAGUUUGAUAAUACUGGGGAAAAUGCGUCGUAUCAGCGACAGGUGAUGGAAUUCGUAGCUCAAAAUCCUCGAUACGUCAAGCGUGUUUUUCUUGUAUACGGCUCACCACUCCGAGACGCUGAUUUAAGGAAUGCACAGCUGGAUCGAGCAAUGGCGGUGUUUUUCUUACCAAACAAGUAUUCAGAUGAUAGCAAUAGAGAAGACGCAGCUACAGUACUACGUGUUCUCUCUGUCUCUCAGCGCAAAUCUGACCGCGCUCAAUUAUUUGCCAUGCUGGCGAAUUCGGACAAUCGCAUCCUCUUGGAAGCCACUGGAAUAGGCAAAAAUAAUUUGGUUUGUGCCGACGAAAUUCGAUUGGGUUUGAUGGGUCUAAGUUGCCGGUGCCCUGGACUUUCGACGGUGGUUUCUAAUCUGAUUACAAGUCGCAGCGGAGUGAUACCAGAGAUUGGAUCGCAGCAGGCUAAAUUUUUUGAACCAUGGAUUUCUGAAUACAUUUCCGGUGCUGCAAACGAAAUUUAUUCAUGUUGCUUAGCUCCGCAUUUCUAUGGUAUGAAUUUUAUCCAAGCGGUGAUGCACAUCCAUCGUCAGUCCAACGGUCUGGUGCUGUUCAUAGCUGUCGAAUCGGAUGGCGAGAUUGCUUUUAAUCCCGGCCGUUGGUAUUGCAUUACUUCAAGCACGAGGGCUUACAUGAUCGCGGAGUCGGUCAGCUCUCUCAAGCCAUUUGCAGGCCAACUAACAAUGAGCGCUAUCGCUACUUUGUGCACUGAUAAGUCACUGCUACACAAUCGUGAAAAUCUGCUGAGCCGAGCUCGUCAAGCGCAACACAACGUUGAAAGGCGAAUACCGACAGGUGUUCGAGACCAUAUCAUGCAAUGUGCUACUAACAAUGAACCACCAACGUCGCCUUCACCGGAAUUGCUCUCAGCUGGUAAACAUAUUGUCGUGUGCAGUAACAUUGGUAAUGAAAGUGGCGGUCAGCGAUCUAUCUCUCGUUUGGUUAAUUUCUUGCGCCCGUUACGAGCUCCUCACAUUGAAAGAAUGGUUCCUGUUGUCAUUGUUGAUGCAGGCACUUUUGACAGCGUCUCGUGGCUUCAAGUACGCGAUUUUGGCGAAGUGUACCAUGUCCACGGCUCCCCACAAUCCCAUCAGGCUCUCGUCCGUGCUGGCAUUUACACAGCAUCUUCAAUCGUUGUACUUGCUCAAGGAAAUGAGGCCGGGUACGACGACUCUAAAGCAAUCUUUAACGCGAUUCUCGUCAACUCUGCAUUGCAACGUAGCAAAAUUUUUACAAUUAUUGAACUUAGAGAUGUUAACAACAACCGAUUUUUGGACUCCGUGUCAAGUUUUCGCUCAUUGCACAAUUUUGACGGACAAGACUUUAAAAAUUGGAUGGAUAGCGAGUACGAUGUCAAGUCCUACGCGUCGAAUUAUCGUGAAGCGCUUUCUUCUGGCGUCCGAGAAAGUGCUCAAUUUGGUCGGGCUUCAAGUAUCGCGAAAAAACGUAGCUGGUGGCAACGUCAGACUCGAGUUAUUAAGCGUGCAAGCUCCGCAGUCAGCAUGUUUUUUCUGGGAAGUUUGAAAAAUGCCGCUCAACAUUUGGGCUCGUAUAGAGACGACACGGAUUCUGGAGAGGCAAUGAUUAUCGAAAGUCUUUAUCAGGGCAACGACAGCAGUACAUUUUUCCAGGAACGCUUUAUGAACGGCUCACUGUUCCCCUCAUCUGUGGCUGAUGACUUGUUGAUUCAAAGUUUUUUCAACCCGUCUUUGAAUUCGUUCAUUUGUAAAAUUCUUGAUGGCAAAAGCUGCUUUGUUUUAUACGAUAUUCCGAAAAAGUUGCGAGGACGAGAAUUAUUAUAUAGAGAACUCUUUGAGUACAUGACGUCGAGUAUAGCGCAUACACUACCAAUUGGUUUGCUUCGCGCUCAGGAAAGUCCAGGAGGUGCACCGUACCCUUACGUAUACACUUGCCCAUCCUCCGACACGAUCGUUUACCCCCGCGACAAGAUUUUUGUUCUGGUCAAUAUAGUGGCUCUUAAUCAUGUAGCGAAUAAGCUGCAACAAAAUUUUCGAAAUCGCUUGAAGCCAUCGACGGCUGUAGCAGAUCUUGUGGGAACGCACUAA